AUGCUGACUUUAAGGGCUUUUAACAGAAAUUUGGUAAAGACCAAGGCCAAAGAAGAGAAUAAAAAGGAAAAGACUCGCCAAAAGAGUAAAUAUCUUUGUGAGCAUCCUACAUGCACUAAAAACAGAGAGUACUAUUGUGUAAAUGAACAUCAAAUGGCAUUCUGCCAAUCCUGUCACAAGUAUCACAGACAUUGUACAGAGAUCAUUGAUGUAAAAGAUCUAAGAGAAGUUUUAGAAGAAUUUAAGAAAGUCUGUAAAGUAAUUUUGAAGUAUCAAGACUUAUCUGCAAUUAAUGCCUGCUCAAAAUAUCUUGACGGAGUAGAUAUUACCUUCAAGAAUCUUUAUCAAAACAUGUACUUGUUAGACAAAAAGAUCAACCAAGCCAUUGAUGACGAUGCUUUUCCAAAGUUCCAAGAACUGAAAGACGGUGUUGACAGCCUAGUAUCCGAAAUUGAAGAAGAUCCUGUUCUCAGAAGAAUAGGUUUCCUUUGGAUCGAGAGUAUCAUUAAUCAUGAGCACUUUGCACAAGAAAAAUAAUGAAUCCUCUGAAAACUCAAAGCUCAAGAAGAAACUAAACCUUAUGCUUGAAGAGCAUAAGAAUGCUAUUGAGGUAAAUUACAAAGCCAUGAGAGACCGUGAAGAAGAGAUCAAAAUUGAAGAAAUUGAGCAGAGUUUAAACGCACAAAUCCAAGAACUAGAUGAAGAAUUAGAAGAAACUCGACAAGACAGAGAGAACAUCAAACAAGAUUUUAAAGAAACUGUUGACAGAAUAACUCCAAAUGUAGAUAUGGAUCUUUCCAAAGAAGAAGGCAAACGCAUUUUAGAUUUGAUAUCGAAAUCAUUCCUGGUGCUCCCAGUCAUCAAGAAUCUUGUCAUCAACAAUGUCAAGAAUGAUGACCAAGGACUAAGAUCAUUUUUAGGUCUUGAUUCUGUAGCGACUGUGAGAAAUUUCAUCUUUAACCAUUUUUAUUUAAUGGAUGAGGAGCAUGCAAUUAGAUUUGGGUUCUACAGAGAGCAUAUUUUGAAACCCAUUGGUGUAACUUCUCAUGAAGUGUAUCUCUCGAAGAUGAUCCUCGAGCCUCAAGACCUUAGUGCCGUUGUGAAGGGAGCAGCCAACUCGAAGAGGUUGAUCAUCAAGCACUGCAAGGUUGAGACUUCAGAUGCCUUAAAUUUUGAAACUCAUGGUGACUCUUCGCUUGAGUACUUGAGUUUCUUCAAUUGUGGAUAUUCUGCAUGGAACAACAUGCAUUGGGACAAAGACCCUAGCUUGUUUGGACACAUCAUAACAGCUAUUAGAGGAUCAUCCUUGAAACUCUCUCUAAAAGAGAUCAACAUAAACGGUUGUGGAAUCAGAAAGACCCAAGUUAAAGAACUUUUAGGAGAGGACCUUGCUCAUAUCAGCAUUGUCCUUAAAAUUGACAAUCCUUUAAAUUGUUAA